AUGGAUGCCUACAAAAGAGACCAUACCUCCGGGGAGGAUCAAUAUUUCUUUACAGACACCACUGAUCUGAAGAGGAUUCCAUCGUCGCGGCUCGAUGCAAGAUCUGACGAGGAAAUCAUCGCGUCCUUGCUCCAGUAUCAGCCAAUCACCUCGGAAAAGAACAUAUGGACUUUCUGGGAUACCGGGUUCUGGCAGAUGCGCCCCUAUGUGAGGCGCAAUGUCAUCGGCUGGGUGCGACGUCUGGGACCCGAGUGGACGGUUCGGGUCGUGGACCACGUGGAUGGCUCCCCAACCAACAUCAAUGCGUACCUGUCGGAGAGCGAGUUCCCUAGCGCCUUCAAUCGCGGCAACAUGACGGGACCAUAUGCCGGAGUACAUAAGGGCGAUCUUGUGCGCUUGCCGCUGUUGUACCAUUAUGGUGGUGUGUGGAUGGACGCGGGGACGACGUUGUUCAGACACAUGAACGAUAUCUGUUGGAAGGCGCUGGAAGACCCUAAAACCCCCUACGAGGUGGCAGGCUUUGCUCCUGGCACUGAGACGGGCAACGAUGUGAUCAUGAACGGAUUCAUUGCCGCCAAGAAAGGAAAUGGGUUCGUCCGGCGCUGGCAUGAUGUGUUUCUCGAGAUCUGGAAAGACCGAACGGACUGCAUAGGUCUUCAGGACCAUCCUCUUUUGCGACAGGUCAAGAAGGUCGAGGUUCCCAAAGACAUGCAGAUCAAAUUCGGUAUCGACAAUUCACUGAUGAACGACUACGUGGCACACGUCUUGUCUUUCAAGCGUGUGCGCAUGCUUCAAGACCCAGACGAUGGUUUCAACGGCCCAGAAUACUGGGAGAAGCAUGCAUAUGUUCUGCCCGUGGAGGAGACUUUCCUGGCGCAGAUUAUAUGCGCAUUCGAUGGUCAAAGGCAAUUUGAUCUACUUUCUCUGCCCAGAGACGAGGUUAAUGCCGAAUUGGCUGAGGACAAGAAGGCAGCUGAGCACCUAGUGCAAAGCCUGUUGGCCAAGGCAUCCACGAUGAAGCUCUCACACGGUUUAAAAAACAACAAGCUGGUCCACCUAUCUAAGCUAUGGGAUCUCCCCGAGAAUGCAGAUGCAGAUAUCAAGCCAGGCAGCUUUGGGGCUUUCCUGAGAUGGGGAAGUGUACAUUUGGAUCAAACGAGGAGUUUGGCCCCCUUGACCGUUCGGUGUGCUGGCGGCGUGCUUAGAGCCGGUCUGCUGGAGAUUGUCGGAGAAGAUGGGCAAUGA